AUGAAAUUAAAAGAUGCAGCCAAUGCGAAUGGAUGGACAAAUUUCCUGCAGUUCUAUGAGUCAUUUAUUAAGCAUGAAUUGGCUCAGCACUACCCACAAUUUGCCCGAUCAUUGUGUCAAUUAGAGCAAGAUACGCGUGCUGAACAGGAGCGACAGAACGCGCAGGUUCUCUCAACGCUGAGACUCAAAGAUGCAAAAAUUUUGAGCCUGCAAAAGAUUGUGAAUGAGCAACGCGAGCAGCUAGACGUUGUGCUAGAUGAAUUAGAACGAAGAGAGACGAAGGAGGACAAAGAAGUGCAGAUUAGGAUCGAAAUGCGGAGAGGAGAUGCAGCAAUACAGACUGAGAGUGUUCAGAGAAAGGUAAAAGAUAGUUGUACGCAGACCGGCAAGAAUGAAGAGGAAUUGAGGAUAUGCCAGCUCCUGGAGAAGCUUGGAAAAGACUUGAAGUUGGUGGAGGACAGGAAUGUUGCUCUGGAGAACGAGCUGCAUCAGAGAGCUACCGAAAAGGACGACAAGAUGGAAGAUAAUAUGAUCUUCAAAGAUUGUUUAAAAAAAUUACAGUUCGGAAUGGAUGCAAUGAAGGUGUCGUAUGAUUGCGUGCAGAGUCCGCUCACUCUCUUUGUGGGUCAAUCGGAGAUUGAAUCAGAAAAGUCGACGUGUGUGAAUUUGGAACACCGUCUGGAGGUUCAAGGUGUACGACUAGAGCAUCUUCAAGCAUGUCUGUACGCAUGGCGUGAUGCUAUUGUGCAGUGUAUGAAGCAACACAUUUUACCUGAUAGCGAUACAAAACUGGUAAAGAUCUCGCCACUUUGUCCAAUAAGUGCUAGUCAGGAUCAAGGGGACCAUCGUCCCACAAUUCAAUGUUUUUUUGCUCUUCGAGGCGCUCUCGCACAAUUACGGCAGCACACAUUUCAGCAAAGUCAUCAACACGGAGCGAGCGAGCAGCAGAGUGUCGUAAAAGAGUUUGCAAAAGCUCUUUCUAAUGAAAAGAAUGGCGUUGAAAUUGCUGCGAAAAUUGUCCAAAAAUGGGCUAAGUGGGAAGCAAAACACAUGAAAGAAAUGCAUGCUUUAAGAAGAGGGUUUGCAGAGGAACGCGCUGAGUACCGAAACCGUCGGAUUGCGCUGUUAAAACAAAUUGACCAUUUAGAACAGCGAGAAAUGGAUCUACAAGCUGAAGUUAACGCGUGGAGAAGGAAGCGGGAGGCCUCUAAAAGCAAAUGCGAACAGGAGUUGCCUUUCUUUACCGUGAACAAGCCCGAAAAUCUUAUUAGUGGCAAAGCGUUGGAGUACCCCCAACUUCUUGCGCGCCUUGCCACAGUCGAGCAGAGUUUGCUUGUAAAAGAUGAGCAACUGGCAGCUGCCAAUGCGACAAUCAAGGCACUUUCGACCUGCACGACUGGCUCUGAAAAUUCCGUUUCAAUUGACACUGGUGCAAUGAACUCAAUCACGCAAAUUGCUGGAGAUUUGCAACGAGUAUCAAGACAAAAACUCGAUGUGCUGCAGCAACGACAAACAAGGCUCGUUGGUGUAAGUCAAUACUUUCAAGCGGAAAGAAAGUGUAUUGAAUUAGAGUCUCGUCUUGGAGUUGAGACACAGCGAACGGCGAUCUUGAAAGCAGCAGGCAAAGUUUGGAACCACGAGCGCGAAGAGCUUCUGCGUAAGGUGGAAAAGUUGGAAACGGAAGCUUUGUUUGCAACCAUCCAAUGCCCACCCAGAAUGUCUUUGGAACAAAUGGACAAUCACAGUGCUAGUUUUGUUGAACGCGAUGAUGAUUCUAGUGCCUUGUUCAAUGCGUUAAAACGCAUUCGAUUAAUUGAAGACAAUCGCAAAAGUAUGCGGGACCGUUUGCUUCAUCUUCAGCAGCAAGUUGCGAUAUUGCAAGAGCAAAGUCAAAACGGUGAACACGUUGAGGCUUCAAAGAAGCAGACAAUCGAGAUGAAAGUUGCAAAUUAUGUCGCCGAACAUCACCAACAGUGUAUCGACCACUUUAAAAAAUUUCUAGAUCGACAGCGUGAAUCUCAGGACAGCUUAUCUGGCUGCAAUGGCUAUGAACCCGUAAAGCAGACGCAAUUUGAGUGGGAAGUAUUGUUGACUCAUUACGAAACGCUUUGGAUCGCUUUUAGCUUCCUUUAUUCAAUCAUUAAAGCUUCGCCGCAAUCGCUAGGCACUGCACAAAACGAGCCCCUCAUCUGCGCGAUUAGAGAAGUCAAAACAGACUUGCGACUUGAUUUUUUAGAAUUUGAAAUCGAUAAACGAGAUGAAAAACUUUUGUUGCUUCAGCAGCGAUUGCUGACUCAGGAUUUACAGGAAAAAUCCUGUAAACAUUGUUUUCAUAUUCAAACAGGUCACACAAGCCCUCACAAUCCAUUUUAUAGAUCAAAAUUCGGAAGUGAAAUUGCGACCCCGCUAGACUCACGUGAUUUCGCUCAAGAGGUGGGAGCUAGUGGCUCAAAUUUAGCCCUAAUGAAAGUCUCUACGACACAUUUUAAACCAGGAAACGAUUUACUGGACACUGUGCCGCCUAUCGAAGCAAUCAAUGGGCAGAUCUCUGAGUCGAAAUCGCUGAUAGAAAAACAUCAGUGUUUGACAAAAUGCGCUUAUCUGAUACCGCAAAAUUCCAAGCUGAACGAGCAACUACGAAUUGAAAAAGAGACAAACAAUAGCGAAGAGUAUGUGAGGAAUAGAGAGGAGCAUUUCUCGUUUUCUUCGGAAGAAAAGACUGAAGUGGAAGAAAAAUUAGAUAUGAAUAUGAUUGCAAGUGAUAUAAUGAACCGAUGUCAACGGGAAUGUGAAGCUUUGAAAGAGCAGUUGGGAUUAAGGGAAGCAGAUAAUCUGGCUCUCAAGCAGUCGCUUUGCAAGAUUAAGGAGAUAUGUGCUCAAAACGAAGUCAAUCAUGAGAAACAGCUCCGAGUCAAAGUUGCUGAAUAUGCUGAAAGCAUGAAAAACUACAUUUUUACAAUCAGUGAGACCUUAUCUCGCAUUGAUAAUGAUAAAUGUCGGCUUCUCGAGGAGAAUAGCGAAUUGCGCUUCAAAUUGCAUUUGAAGAUGGUAAAUGAAAAUAGUAGAAUACAGAAGAUGCAAAUCGAGUCCCAACAAUGCACUCAAAGUACAAAUACUGAAGAAGUUUUGGAUCUAGCUACUGUUGUUGAUGAAAACACAGCUUUGAAGGCGCGUGUCGAAGAUCUGGAGCUCGAAUUGCAUCGUGAACGGAAAAUCGUGGAAAUGCCAGGACAGAGAAAUUUAAUCGAGGAACAAAAAGAUAAUCAUGCUUUGAAAUCUCCAGUCGACUUUGAGUCGCGUUGCGAGGCAUUAGAAGAAUGGCGAAAUAAGCUACAGCUCGAAUUUGAAGAAUACAAAUCUGUACAAUGUGCUUGUGCGCAUGAAAGCUCAAAACGCAUUGACUUUCUCUCAGCUUGUAUCCACGAGUUUAUAUGUGUUGCCGAAGCGAUUACUUUAAAGGAUGAGAGGUCAAUCACUACCAAUGAGUUGUACUGUAUUGUCAUGAGGCUUGCAAAAGAUCAAACAACAAUUGGUGAGAACACAAAAGAGCCUAAAGAUCUGGCGCCAAAAUUGGAUGAUCAUUCGAAUGUGGCAGUUCUAAGUAAGAAUUUUCGGAGCAACGGUCAGGGAAAGCUAAAUAGCAAGGCUGAAUAUCUUGAAGUGAGCGAAGCAAUGUGGUGGAGGUUACGGGCAUCAAAGUUAGAGGCGCAUCUACGCUCUAUGAUGCUGCAGAACGACACGUUUGAGGAUACUAUGCGGCAGCUUGAAAAGAGUAUGGGCGACGCCAACAGAGAACUGUCAUUACGUCUACAACGUGAGGCUCAAUUGGUGUCGCAGUUGGCAGCGCUAAACUCUGAGCUUGCAACUGUUAAGGAUAGCGCGGCUUCGAUAGCAGAGAAGUAUCGAUUUGUUCACCAAGAGCUUGAAAAGCAACAAGCCGAAUUUUUGGGACGCUCAGAUGAUUUACAACGAUCUCGUUUGGCUUUACAGCGAAAGGCAGAGUUGUUGGCUCAACAAAAAGAGAAAAACUUGUUGCUUCAACAGGAAUUUGACCUAGUGGGUGAAAAAUUGGAACGGUUGGCAAUAGCUGAGAAACAAAUAACCUUGUUGCAACAGAAGGCAAAAGAACACAAGAACCAGCUAAUCCUCGCUCGGCAGAAUUCUGAGCAAUGUCUCACUGACAAUGUCCGAUUAUCAAUUCAUCUUAAAAAGUUGAACGAGCGCAAUGCUCGUAUGGUGGCGCGAUUUAAUGCUACUCGUGUGGAGAACGCACAUUUAAAAGCACAAUGUGCAAAACGUGAUAGCGAUGAAAUAACGAUGGACGAAAAUAGUGAUAACAAGAGCUGCAAUAAGCGGGUUGAUGAGGAUAGCGAGAUUCGGGCAUUGAAACGACGAUUGUUGCAGAAACAAGAUGUGAUUGGGAGCUAUAAGGCAAAGCUGGCAGAUUUUGAGUUGCAGCUGCAACGUCAGCGAGAGAUGAUGAUGAAGCUCGGACGUACCAACCGUACGCUACAACUAAAAAAACGGCAAAAUCAAGAGGCAGAGCACGAAAACAUAGAUGUAAAUAUUUUGAAGCUAGAUGCAAAACUCAAAGCAAAGCAAAACCAACUCGAUGGUUUACGGGCAUCCAUUUACGACUCAUUCGAAGCACUUGUCUCCAAAUAUUCGACAAGGAGAAUUGAAUCAAAAUCUCAACUAUUAGAUAGCUCGUUGAUGGACGAAAGUCGAGAUGAGAACGAAAAACUGUUCGCUUUGAAGAGUUGGACAAAUCUCACCUGUUACGAUCUGAGAGAAUUAAAGUUGAUUAAACGACCGCAAUCUGAUGAAGCGAAUGAAUCGAAGUUUAGAAAUCUUCAAGCUGCACUCUGGAAAUUGGAGAAUGCAUUGGAGGCAAAUCCCGAAGACUGCCGCACUGAACUAUGCCAACUUCUUCAGUAUUUCUGCAUUUGA